AUGGCAUCGCCUGGCCGAAUGUCCAGCCGGCCAUCGCGCCUCGACAUGCUCCGGCGAGGAGUUCCAGAGGAUUACGUGGACGCACUGCUCGACGAGAGCUACAUGCAGCAACUCAUCGUUGCCACCGGCAAGCAGCAUCGGAAAAGGCAGCGGCAACGAGAUCGCCAAAAUCGGCUCCAAAACGUCAUCUUGACCUGCCUCAUCUGCCAGGCUGUUUUGGGAGUUUGGGUUGCACUGUACAAGACUUUCCUGCAGCCGGACACCAUCAUCAGUGCCUUUGUCACGAUGGAGAACAUCGACAUGGUGCUGAUGAUGGACACGUCGAACCACAUGAAAGAACGGCGAGAGCAGCAACACCAGGUUGUGAAGUCCUUUUCGAAUGACAUGCAUGAAGCCAUGCAAAGACAACGAGAAGGAACUCUGCAACAGCUUGUGGAUCGAGUUGAGGAACUGAAGUUGAACUCGUCCACCGCGUUCAGCAGAUUUCUUGGCAACAUCUUCAGUACCAACAAGCCGCAGGAUCACACCGGCCUGUCCGGCGGAAGGCUACGGUUUUCGACAGGCAUCUUCAACAGACCAAGUCUGAUUUUCCGCGAUGCCGAGGCCCGGCAUUUGCUGGUGGGCAUGACGGCCAAAAAAGCUUCAAGCGUAAAGACAUCCAAGGUACCUAACAGAGAUCGCUCUCGCUACGAAGAUCAAUUUGUGAAAACGAAGCUUUGCUCUUUCCAUGAGAAAGGCAAAUGCACUCGCGGAGCUCAGUGCACCUUUGCACAUGGAAGCUUUGAGCUACAACAACUUCCAGAUCUCACCAAGACAUCGCUCUGCCCUGCCUUAAUGCAAUUUGGGGCUUGCGACGACGGCGCUUGCCUCUUUGCGCAUGGUGUAGAAGAGCUUCGCGCCACGACGAAGUUCUACAAGACUUCGAUGUGUAAGUUUCACAUGAUGCGACAAUGCCGAAUGGGGGCGGCCUGCCGACAUGCUCACGAUGAGUCAGAGCUGCGCAUGGAUCUCCGUGAGAAGCUUGCAGAGGACCCUUCGCUGUCUUCUCUCUUCGAGGGGGUCGAUUCCGUAUACAGGCAAGACUCGUCCGUCUCGUCCGCAUCUUGCCCGCCCAGUACCUUCAGACAGAUGCCAAGCAUGGACCUGGAUCAGGAUGAUGUGGAAUCUGCGGGAUGGCCACUGUGGUUGGACAUGUCAGCAUCGGCGAGGCCCGCUGCGUGUCAUCCGCAACAAUACUUCCAGCCGAGCUGCUUGAUGGAUUUUUCCUUGCAGAAUGAGACAUGCGAGUCACGGAAGGAGUCAUCCCGGCUGUCGCCUCCAUGGGUGCCUGACUUGUCCAAGAUGCCAGCUCACAGCGUUCUGUGCGGACCCUCAUGGCAAAAGGAGCAAGCCUUCUGCGAGCUGGAGCAAAGAUUAGACGGACCUCCUGGUCUUCCGAGAGGUACAUCGUGCAGGAGCGGAGGCUCUUACGAAGCGACUCUGAGCUUUGCUCAUACGUUUCCGAACAGCCAGAAGCUACACGACUUUACCAGCAAUCUGACUCUGCAACAGGAGGCCCUUGCAACGGUCACGGCGGAUCAGUACGAGUACUUCACGCACCUCAACGAGGCCAUGUCACGAUGCGUGGAGACCUUCCAGCAGGUGAAAAAGCCGAGCACGAUAAAGUAUUGUGUUCUGAUUGGUGACAACGAGGCCAUGUGCCAGAAGCCUGCAGCGAAGCGAGUGGACGAUUUCUGCAACUUGCCUCAGAACAGGGAUCUCUGUCCGCCGGAAUUAGCAAAUGUUGGAUCUCCAAUCGAGUAUGCCUAUGAGUUCGACAGUUGCAAAGACUUCGUGACAACUCGGUUCAAUGACAUCAAGCUCAUCAUGAUGUUCACCGUCUCGUCCAAAGAAGAUGAGCAGAUGCGGCUCAGGAACCCGACUUUUCGGAACUUCGUCCAGAACACGACCGGUUGUGAGAUGCAGCCAGUCUCACGCGUUGAGGAUAAGAAUGGCUACAAGACGACAGUCGUGGAGUAUGUUGCCAAGGAGGACACGCCGCAGUCCCGCCAGAACUGCUUGCACUUCAUUCUUGGACAUGGGCUGGAUGAUGUUCUUGAAAAGUCCAAGUCAAUUGUGGAACUCCUGAAAUUUACAGGGCAGGAGUUCGAGGAACCAAACUCACAGAAGGACAUGCGCUACAUAUCAUUCUUGCUGCUGCCCUUAAUCCUGUUUGCCUACUUGGGCGCGUCCGCUAUUGCACGCUGGUAUGCAAGCUUCCAGCACAAGGCGGCUCGCGUGAUGGGCAAGAAGAAGAAGAUGAUCAAAGUGACAAAGACCUUGGUUGAGAAGCCCGCGCGGAGAGCUUCCAGCGUGGACCGUUUUGCGGCUCAGCUUACAGAGGUCGAGCUGGCAGAGGUCUCCAACUUGAGGCCUUUGGUGAAGCUGGGUUCCCCGAUGACGGUACGGGCACGCCUCAAGGGCGGCCACUUGCGUCAAAGCCCGCAGGGCGUGGCAGACGGCAACGGGACUCCCUUCGAUCCCAAUGCGUUCUGGACGUUCGAGCCCACCACAGGUGAGCAGGCCGCUGACAUGAUGAUGGAGGCCAAGCAGGCCGUCCACAUCAAGAACAGCAGAGGCGAUCUGCUUUGCAUCAAGGAAAACGGAGAGACACACUUCCUGCCUCCUGCAGAGGCGGCGGCGACUGGCAGAAGAGCUGCUGAGUUUGUUGUGUCUUCCAUGUCCGGGGCGGAGGACCGGGGAGAGCUACUGACCUUGGAGAGAGACAGAGACAGAGAGAGAGAGAGAGAGAGUGGUUCUUGGACCCACUUCUUCGGGCAAAACCACAUAGCUUCAAGAAAAGAAUGGAACACGGCUGAUGAUGUACGUAGUUGCACUGUUGUUUGCCAGCAUGUACCUCGUAGUUCGCUGUUGCUUCAGCUAUAA